AUGGGCGAGGGGUCCCCGGGCGAGGCGGAGCCUGAUCCGCGGGAAUGGGUAGCCGCGCGGGAAAGCGGGCUGGGGCAUGGGAUUCCAGCUCCAGCUGUCUACUUCGUGGAUUAUGUCACCAACUCCAUUUAUCUUGAAGAUAUUGUAGACUCAGUUACAGUUCAAGAUCAUAUUUACUCUGUACAGCGGAGUGGAAAUGAUACCAGCAGCCUCCAGGACUUAGCAGAGAAGAUGGGUGAGCUGUUAGCAAGGAUGCACGAUGAAGAUAUUAUCCAUGGGGAUCUCACAACUGCCAAUCUCCUUCUGCGACCACCCGUGGAGAAGCUGGACUUGGUGUUGAUAGACUUUGGACUCAGUUUUAUUUCAGGUCUUCCAGAGGAUAAAGGAGUCGAUUUGUAUGUUCUGGAAAAAGCCUUCAUUAGCACUCAUCCAGAUACUGAAGUGAUGUUUAAAGCUCUGCUGAAGAGCUAUGCUGCCACAUCUAAAAAAUCUGGUCCUGUGAUCAAAAAGCUGGAUGAGGUGCGACUGAGGGGAAGGAAGAGAUCCAUGAUUGGGUAGAAGAGGGCAGGCUUAGGGAUGGGGAAAUAUUACCUUCUGCAGAUAGGGCUAUUUAUAUUUCUAGUUGGGUUUAUUUCACAUAUCACUAUUUUGAUAACUGUGUCUUCAAAUAAAUAAAUUUGAACGAGUUUAAG